CACUGAUGCGUACUGAGAGUCGGCACUGACUGGCACUGAUAGGUGGCACUGAUUGGCAGCACUGAUAGGUGGCAAUGACUGGCAUUGAUAGGUGGCACUGAAAGGCAGCUCAAAUGAGCACGGAUAUGUGGCAUUGAUGUGCACUGGUAGGCACUGAUAUGUGGCACUGAUGGGCACUGGCAGGUGGCACUGAUGAGCAGACAGCUGGCAUUGAUGGACUCUGACAGGUGGCACUGCUGGGGCCACACUGAUCAUCAGGGCACACUGAUCAUCAGUGCUCUGAUGAUCACUGUCAGCGUGACAGCUCGUGGGGAGAGAAAUGCCUAUAACCGACAUUUUUCCUAUUUACAUGAGAUCAGCUGU